AUGAAUCGUUCGAAGUAUAAACCUGAAUUUUUUAAAGCAUUUCCGCUGCACCAUGCUGCAGCGAAGUGUUACGUAGUGGAAGUGCAACGGCAGUUGGACGCCGGUACCAACCCGUACAAACCGACUGAAGAAGGACUGACCGCUCUGCAUGCCGCAGUAGCGAACAAUUCGGUAGCCGUAGUGGACGUGCUUUUGAAGCGUUACGCCGAUGAUCUUUCCAUCGCUCGCGAGACGAUUCAACACCGGUUUCUGUGGAAGCCGGAACUAGUCGAAUGGAAAAACAGGCCAAUUCUUAUCGCGUGGACCGAAACAGAGUGCCAAGCCACACUAGCUCUAGCCACGUCAUGUCCGGCGGGAAUUCCGUUAAACGUGCAGAUAUUCGUUCUGUUACACCAUCCUCAGGAAGGACACCGUUUCGUCGCACUCGAUGUUUGCAAUCGCAGCAGGCGAAUCGACACAUUACGAUUGAUACGUGAUCUUCUUCCAAACGGAGUGCUAUCGCUGGAUCGCAGUGAUCUACGCGUGAAUGUCACCAACUACCUACACAUGGCUUGCAGCUACGCUAAGAAGGAAAUAAUAACAAAGCUUAUCCGCAAUGGUGCGUCGCUUUCUGUCCCUUCUGGUGAUCAACAGAGUUCUCCGUACAUGGCUGCUUGUGAAGCAUUUAGGAAAGAUAUCGCCAUAUUUUUGGCUACGAAUUACUUCGACCACUUCGACCCGGGAGCCUGUGAUAUUCAGGAUUACAACGCGCUGCACAAGAUGCUCCAACGUAGUCAGAAAGGAAUGGCGGAGGAAAUCAUACAGCAUAUGCUUAAAUACCGCAUGAGCAAACAUCGAGAAACCAAGUCGCAGGCCAUAACCAACAUAUUUCGAUUCGAUUCGAAAGAUUAUUCGUAUAUCUCAGUAUGGACUUUUGCAAGCUCGGUCCCGAUGAGGGAUCUUUGUAGCAAAUACGUGCUACAGGGAGAGUUUGAUUUACGGACCAAGAUUGAAUCAUCGUCCUUGCUUGGUAUUUUUAUCACACGAAGUAUCGCCUUGGAUUACUGCAUGCAGAAAAUAGAAGAAGACCUGGAUCUGUUGCGUCUGGAGGGCAGUCACAACAGAGAAAACGUUUUGCAAAAGCUUAUCAGAUGCAAACGGUUGACGUUUGUCAAGGACCUGUAUGAAAAGCAUGGAUCACUCAUGAAAGAAAUAUUUGAAACGGAGGACCCAGAACACAAACCAGCUUUUGAGUUGCUCGCAAUUCUGGUGCAAAAUAUGGACGAACAUGGAUUAUUAUUUGUACUGGAAAACCAUCGGGAUUAUUAUGUGCGGCAUAUGGAUUAUUUAAUAAAAGCAACAUUCAAGCUAAGCUCUUUGAAAAAGACGGCACACACGAAACUGGCGGAAAUUAUAGCGAAGAUUAUUCCAGAGGCAUUGAUCAAACUGGAUGAAAUUAAAAACACACCUGAUUCAAAACAAAAUGAUUUCUAUGAUAUGAUACGCGAUCUAAGGGAAAGUUUCGGAAAAACCGUCACUCGACUGGAGGCUGAUGGCAAAAGUUUGGAAGAUUAUUUGGACGGCAAUGGACGGACGUUCCUGCACGCCGCAGUAGACUGGAGCGAAAAAUAUCUUGUGGAAAAAUUGCUCGCUCGUAACUUUAGCGUAAUGCAUAAGGACGCCAACGGUUGCUUACCGAUCCAACUGGCAAGAAAUGAAAGUAUAUUCGAGAUGCUGUUAGCAAAAAAUGAGCCCGCUCAGUUGGAUUGCGUGAAUGAAACGGGAUAUAAUCUGCUGCACGUUAGCUGUAGGAACGGUCUUCGCGGAGCGGCGCUAGAAAAACUGUUGGAACACGGCAUGGAUGUGAAUGAGCCGGCACCAGAUGGGAAUUUGCCACUAUCGCUGGCGUCCUGCUGCGGCACAGUGAGGUUUUUGUUGAAUCAGGGUGCCCGUAUCGAGCUGCUAAACGAUAAUUUUUUUAGUGAACGAUUGCCUACAAUGCAGUAUUGUGCACUAUGGGAGUUCCUACCUCGCAUUUUCCAGCUUGACCAGUUCAAAUCAUGUGCACAUCUACUUCUGCCAUCGAUGGUCGGUAGGCUCAAUCGGGAUUUUUUUUACUGCGAUCACGAGCGUUACCUUGAACAGCACAAAGACAUCCGCCGAGUGCUGUUCGAUAGCCUGUUCGAACAUUCGAAAGAGGAAGCGUCGAAACUCUUUUGCCGUGUUUCCCAGAAAGCAAUCGUUUGCUGUGCGAGAUGGUUCCUGGAGUACAACUAUGAUCUUGACUAUGAUUAUCGGUGCACGGACGGCUGGAAUAGGUCGACCCCGCUGCUAGGUUUGUUGAGCUACAUGGAACUGCCUAACGAUGACAUAGUGGAGAAAUUGCUUCAAAAACCGAUCGACGUUAACGCCACGAAUGAUAGGCAGCAGAGUGCGCUCAUUAUUCUUGCAGUUCGUUUCAAAUGGGCCAAACACUAUGGACAUUCGUUAGAUACAUUCCGACUGUUGCUUAAGCGUGGAGCCAAGCUGGACGAGCAGGACGAGGACGGAAACACGGCGCUUCAUUAUGCCUUUCGAGAGGAACAGUGGGAAUUGGUGGAGUUUCUGAUUGAGAGUGGUGCGAAUACAACCGUGAAAAACGAGUCCAACAAGCUGCCGAGUGAAAUGGGUCCCGGUUUUAAUCGGUGCUUGUUUAGUUUUAUUCGGUAAUGUUGCUUCUGUCGUGAUAGUUGUUCUUUGCUUGAAUAGUAUCAUUCUGGACAGCAUUUGUUAAUAUCUAGUUACGUUGCUUGAUACAAUUACUUAGAUUUGGGCUAUUUUGGCGAUUUGUCAAAAAUGAAAAGAGGCUUUACUUUAAUUGUGCAGAGAAAGUAUUAACAAAAGAACCAAUGCUACAGUUAACACAUUUUAAAGAUUGACAAUAAAUAUAAUUUUUAUAUUUUUUAACAUAUACCGUUCAAAGAGCGGUUGGA